GCGUCGCAGUAGUUGCGCGUCCCGACAGCCUCAGUAUCACUAUCUGUACUCUUUAUAUACGACUGUCAGCAAAUAGUCCAUCUGCAUCAACAUGACUUCAAUUGGAACAGGUUACGACUUGUCCGCCAGCACAUAUUCUCCUGACGGUCGGAUAUUCCAGGUUGAGUAUGCUAAUAAAGCAGUGGAGAACUCUGGUACUGCCAUAGGACUGCGCGUCAAGGAUGGCGUUGUUUUUGCUGUGGAGAAAUUGGUUCACUCGAAACUCCUUGUACCUGGUGCCAAUCGACGCAUUCAGAGUGUGGACAGGCACAUCGGGCUAGCUACUGCAGGCCUCCUAGCAGAUGGGCGCAAUAUAUCGAAUAGGGCUCGUGCCGAAGCAAAUGAUUUUCGGGAACUUCACCGUUCUGGCAUACCACUUAAGGAAAUGACGAGUCGGAUAGGUCAAUACGUCCAAGUCUACACGUUGUACUCGUCCGUUCGUCCGUUCGGAAUCAGCACAAUCGUUGGAGGUGUUGACAAGGAUGGGCCAUCAUUGUAUAUAAUCGAGCCAAGUGGUGUUUACUUUGGGUAUCACGGUGCGGCGGUGGGCAAGGGUCGCCAGCUUGCAAAGACAGAACUGGAGAAGCUCAAGCUACAAGAGAUGUCGACACGAGAAGCUGUUCUCGAAGCCGCCAGAAUAAUAUACCUGGUACAUGACGAUGCUAAAGAGAAGGAAUUUGAGCUAGAGAUGUCAUGGAUUGGUGAUGAAACAAAUGGCUUGCAUUUAGCCGUUCCAAAAGAUUUGCUUGAUGAGGCGGAACAAAAGGCUAAGGAGGCACUGGAGACUUUCGAAUAAAGAUGUAGUUAUUCUAAUGCUUCCUCAUUCGGUCAGACAAAGACAAGGUAUCUAUACAAUUUGCUCGAGUUCUCGUGCAUAAGCUAGGGAAGCGGCUAUAAGCUUCUGUCUGGGUAUUUCUAUCUUGUCAUCGCCUUUUCGCGUAAAUGUAACAGUGCUCUCUACCAGGCUUACUUGCCAUCCAC